AGAUAAACAUCAAAUGUGAACUUACUGUGGAAGAGAGCUCAAUGCCCUAGAUGUCAAAUUCAGCUGAAUCUUGUCCUGAUUUAGAGUAUCAAUAGAAGAUCAAGUGUAACACUCUGUUGUACACCUACACCGAACGAUAUCAGACUUAUCAGAGUCAGAGCUACGCAUUGAUUUGGUGUAAGUAAUGAAGUAAUAUGAGUUCUGUCAUAGAUUAACGAUGGUUCUGUGGAACAGACCAGUGAUUUCACCUUAUUUACAUUUGAAUCAAACGUCAAUAUUGUCAACAUGUGAUUUAGGAUUUAGGAUUUAACCAAUUUAGAUUUCAAAUUUGAAUCAAACGUCAACAAUGUCAACAAAAAAAUAUAUUAUGAAUAAUUUACAUACAUUUUCCAAAUUUUAAACAACAAACCUAACUGCAGAACUAUAGAUCUUAUUCAAUUUGAUUAUUUCAGGCAGGAACUGCUCGGCUGAACUCAUGGAAUUCAAGAAAAGGACAAUUUAUCUUAAAAUCAGGAGGUCUGAUAUGUCAGCAGAGAAUCACCCGGUUACAAAAAAAACUUUCGAAAUUGCUCCUCAUACAGAUGCCAGUGUAAUAAAGAAUGAGCUUCAAAGAAUAUGCAAUAUAGGCAAUGACAGAGUGAUGAAAAUCCGUAACAAAGAUGGAGAUCUAGUUCCCAUAUCAUUUCUUGCUGAUCCUAGCAUUAGUGAAACGCACUUUCUCAUUGAUGUAGCUAUGGUAUCAUAUGUUGACAAAAAGAAUGCAAAUCUUCUUCAAGAUGCCUAUGUUGAUGCUGUCCAACAAAAAAUAAAUUCUUUGGAAUCACGUAUUGCACAAUCAGAACUUCUGCUGCCACAGUUAGAAUGGAGAAGGCAAGCCUAUAUGGAGGAUACAGUGAAUGGACUUUUGAACAAAGUAGCAUUUCUAAAUCGAAGAUUUGAUGAACUUCUUCCUCAGAUAACAGCCAAGGAUCCUGAAACAAUGGCCUAAAUCAAGUUAUAAUUUAUUUAUUGUGAAAAUCAUAAAAUGGUAUUGAUAA